CAUUUUGAUUACUGCAGGCCCAGGACCAGGUAGAAGGAAGUGUUGCGCGCUAGUCUAUCGGGAGCAGGACGGAAUGGAUGAAACGAAAUCUCGCGCAUUUCAAAGACAUUUUAUCCCGGAGGCCGAAAAUUAAGCGUUUUUCUGGGAAAUGAGAAAACCCGUUUGUUCUCUCCUGCUACUGCUGUGUUUGAUUCAACGUUCUACCGUAAUACAUUUUUUUUUUCCCUUGACGUGCAACAUAAGCUGAUUGAGAUAACAGAACAUGGGGCUCAGAAUCCAAGCUACCUAAUCGCGUAAUAAAGUUUCUUUAUCCUGAAUUAACUCCUGAUAACAAAGGGAUAAUGGUUAAUGCAAAGAAAUGAGAUAAACACUGGAAGAGUGGAGACUCCUGCUUUACGGUUUAUAAGCAUGGCUGCACUACAGCUUGUACCCCCAACGCCCUCAUCUAUGGGGCCCUUUCUUGGUCUCCCAUGGCAGCAAGAGGCUAUCCAUGACAAUAUUUACACCCCAAGGAAAUAUCAGGUUGAACUUCUUGAAGCAGCUCUUGAACACAAUACUAUAGUCUGCUUAAAUACUGGCUCAGGGAAGACCUUUAUUGCAGUACUCUUAACAAAACAGCUCUCCCAUGAAAUCCGAGCAGAUUACACAGAAAGUGGAAAACGGACAGUUUUCUUGGUAAAUACAGAAUCAUCUGUGGUCCAGCAAGCGGCUGCUGUUCGGACACAUUCAGAUCUUCAGGUUGGAGAGUACAACAGUGUUGAAAGCACUUUGCUAUGGACAAAUGAACAGUGGAAUAGUGAAAUAAUUGAAAACCAGGUACUUGUUAUGACAUGUCACAUUUUUAUAAGUAUUCUGAAGAAUGGAGUUUUACCACUGUCAAAAAUCAACUUGCUUGUUUUUGAUGAGUGUCACCUUGCAAUUAUGGACCAUCCCUAUCGGGAAAUAAUGAAGGUAUGUGAGGGGAACUCAUGCUGUCCUCGAAUCUUGGGUCUCACGGCUUCCAUUUUAAAUGGCAAAUGUGAUCCAUCAGAAUUGGAGAAGAAGAUUCAGAAUUUGGAGAGGAUCUUUAAAAGCAAUGCAGAAACUGCUACUGACCUUGUUGUUUUGGACAGGUAUGCUUCCCAACCUCGUGAGAUUGUGCUGGACUGCGGACUCUACACGGACAAAAGUGGGCUCAGCAAACGACUUCUCGAUGAGCUGGAUGAAGCAAUUAAUUUUCUCCAUGACUGCAACAUACCUGUAAAUCGAGAGGACAGAGAUCCAACUUUCAUUUCCAAACAGGUGCUGAGUGAUUGCAAAGAAGUGCUAACUGUGCUUGGCCCAUGGUGUGCAGACAAGGUGGCAGGAAUCAUGGUGAGGGAACUGCAGAAGUAUAUCAAACAUGAGCAAGAGGACAUAAAUCGAAAAUUCCUGUUGUUUACAGACACAAUUCUGAGAAAAGUCCACGCUCUCUGUGAAGAGCACUUUUCACCUGCUUCCCUGGACUUAAAGUUUGUGACUCCAAAAGUAACAAAGUUGCUAGAAAUUCUUCGAGAGUACAAGCCGUUUGAACGACAGCAGUUUGAAAGUGUUGAGUGGUACAACAAUCGCAAUCAGGAUAAUUAUGUCUCAUGGAGUGAUUCUGAAGAUGAUGACGAAGAUGAGGAAAUUGAGGUGAAAGAGAAGCCUGAGCCCAGCUUUCCUUCCCCAUUCACCAACAUAUUGUGUGGGAUUAUUUUUGUGGAGAGACGGUAUACAGCAGUUGUCUUAAACCGACUCAUAAAAGAAGCUGGGAAACAAGACCCUGAACUUGCUUACAUCAGCAGCAAUUUUAUAACUGGGCACAGCAUUGGGAAGAAUCAGCCUCGCAACAAACAGAUGGAGGUGGAAUUUAGAAAACAAGAGGAGGUUCUUAGGAAAUUUCGUGCUCAUGAGACCAACCUGCUCAUUGCAACCAGUAUUGUGGAAGAGGGAGUUGAUAUUCCAAAGUGCAAUUUGGUAGUUCGAUUUGAUUUGCCAACCGAGUAUCGUUCCUAUGUUCAGUCUAAAGGGAGAGCACGAGCACCAGUCUCCAAUUAUAUCAUGCUUGCGGACACCGAGCGAACAAAAACUUUUGAGGAAGACCUAAAAACAUACAAAGCUAUCGAAAAGAUCCUGAGGAACAAAUGCUCUAAAUCAGCAGACUGCAGUGACUUUGAAGUAGAGCAUGUACUGGACGAUGACAAUCUUUUACCCCCCUAUGUGCUGCACCCCGAAGAAGGUGGCCCCAGAGUUACUAUCAACACCGCAAUUGGACAUGUCAAUAGGUACUGCGCCAGACUACCAAGUGACCCUUUUACACACCUGGCUCCAAAGUGCAAGACUGCAGAACUGCCAGAUGGAAACUACAGAUCCACACUUUAUCUUCCUAUCAAUUCCCCUCUUAGAGUUCCAGUCACUGGGCCUCCAAUGGGUUGUGCAAGAUUGUCAGAAAAAGCUGUUGCACUUCUUUGCUGUGAAAAACUACACAAAAUGGGUGAACUGGAUGACCACUUGAUGCCAGUUGGAAAGGAGACAGUGAAAUAUGAGGAAGAACUGGAUUUGCAUGAUGAGGAGGAAACGAGUGUACCAGGGAGACCAGGGUCAACAAAAAGGAGACAGUGUUACCCAAAAGCAAUUCCGGAAUGUCUUCGUGACAGUUAUCCGAUGCCUGAGCAAUCUUGCUACUUGUAUGUGAUUGGGAUGGUACUGACAACCCCCCUACCUGAUGAACUUAACUUUCGGAGGAGGAAACUCUACCCUCCAGAGGACACAACAAGAUGCUUUGGAAUACUGACAGCAAAACCAAUACCUCAGAUUCCACACUUUCCUGUGUACACGCGGUCUGGUGAGGUUACUAUCUCCAUUGAGCUCCAGAAGUCAGGGUUCACGCUCAGUGCCUCCCAGCUAGAACUGAUCACCCGUUUGCACCAGUAUAUAUUCUCCCACAUACUCCGUUUGGAAAAGCCUGCAUUAGAAUUCAAACCCACUGAAGCAGACUCUGCCUAUUGUGUCUUACCUCUUAAUGUUGCUGAGGGAACCAACACCUUAGACUUGGAUUUUAAGUUCAUGGAAGAUAUUGAAAAAUCCGAGGCUCGUAUAGGCAUUCCAAACACUCAGUACACAAAGCAGAACCCAUUCAAAUUUAAAUUGGAAGACUACCAGGAUGCAGUUAUCAUUCCAAGGUACCGCAAUUUUGACCAGCCUCACAGAUUCUAUGUAGCCGACGUUUAUACUGAUCUCACACCGCUUAGUAAAUUCCCCUCUCCAGAAUAUGAGACAUUUGCUGAGUACUACAAAACCAAGUAUAACCUGGACCUGUCCAACUUAAACCAGCCACUUCUGGAUGUGGACCACACAUCCUCAAGGUUAAACCUUUUAACCCCUCGGCACCUUAAUCAGAAAGGCAAAGCUCUUCCCCUCAGCAGUGCGGAAAAAAGGAAAGCAAAGUGGGAAAGUCUGCAAAAUAAACAAAUUUUGGUUCCUGAGCUUUGUGCCAUUCACCCAAUACCUGCCUCCUUGUGGAGAAAAGCUGUCUGCCUUCCCAGCAUCCUCUAUAGAUUACACUGCCUCCUGACAGCAGAGGAGUUACGAGCCCAGACAGCUAGUGAUGCUGGUGUGGGAGUACAAAUUCUGCCACCAAAUUUCAGGUACCCAAACUUGGAUUUUGGUUGGAAAAAAUCCAUUGACAGCAAGGCCUUUGUAUCAAGUCCCAGCACCUGCAUGGAAGACAAUGAUGAUUACUGUAAGCACAGCACAACUGUAGCCCCUGACAAUGCUGCCUGUCAAGGUUCUCUGGAAGAUGCCUCAUCAAAAAAUGGUGCAGUUAAAUCUUUGGACUGUAACAGGCUCAUAGAAAAGCCUGAGUUUGACACUUUCCCUGUGGCUGGUCCCGUGCUGCAAGACGACAACAAAGAGAAACUGAACUGCGUCUGUGCCAGGAACCUCACUAAUGGCACUAUGGGCAAUGUCAGGCCCCUUGGUGGACUUGAAAAAUGCCAAUGUUCCAUGCUCAGCUCACAUGAUAAGAUAUUACCUAUACCAACCUCUACCUCAGUUCCUGUGCAGCACUCUUGGAGCACUGAGAACCAGCCCAGCUCCAGUAUUGAAUGUACUCCAGGGUGUAAAUCAAAUAUUGGACAUGCUAAGAUACCUACCUCAGAAUGUUGCCAGGUGACCGAGGUGGCAACCUGUUCCACAUCACCUUUGUCAGAUUCUUCAGAUAUCUCUGAAGCCAGCACAUCUGCUGUCUGUGGAGACUCCCCUAAAACUCUGGGUCCGAACCCUGGCCUCAUUCUGCAGGCUUUGACCCUCUCAAAUGCCAGCGAUGGGUUCAACUUGGAGAGGCUGGAGAUGUUGGGUGAUUCCUUCCUAAAACAUGCCAUCACCACCUAUCUGUUUUGUACAUAUCCAGAUGCCCAUGAAGGGCGCCUCUCUUAUAUGAGGAGCAAGAAGGUCAGCAAUUGUAAUUUGUAUCGGUUAGGAAAGAAGAAAGGCCUUCCAAGUCGCAUGGUUGUGUCCAUCUUUGAUCCACCUGUGAACUGGCUGCCGCCAGGUUAUGUAGUGAACCAAGACAAGAGCAGCACUAACAAGUGGGAUUCAGAUGAGGUAAAAGAUGAUCUCCUGGCCAAUGGAAAAGAUGAGUAUUUCGAUGAGGAUGAAGAGGAUGCUGUUGAUGAAAACGACGAUAUUAUGUGGAAGGAGCCAAAAGAUGAAGUGAACAUGGAAGAUGAUCUUGAGUACUACCAGGAGCACAUCAAGUUUAUUGACAACAUGCUAAUUGGAUCUGGUGCCUUUGGAAGGAAGAUCUCCUUAAGUAGCUUCCCCCCUUCUGAGCCUAGCUUUGAUUGGAAGGUUCCCAAGAGGCCCCCAUUUCCUAGCUCACACUUCCAGUCUGAUGCUGAUGAAUUUGAUUACAGCUCUUGGGAUGCUAUGUGUUACUUGGACCCCAGUAAAGCAGGUGAAGAAGAUGACUUUGUGGUGGGCUUCUGGAACCCCUCAGAAGAGAACUGUGGAGCAGAGACAUGCAAGCAGUCCAUCUCCUAUGACUUGCACACAGAGCAGUGCAUUGCCGAUAAGAGCAUUGCUGACUGUGUGGAGGCCCUGUUGGGCUGUUACCUCACAAGCUGUGGAGAGAGGGCAGCCCAGAUGUUCCUGUGUUCACUUGGGCUCAAGGUCUUGCCUGUGGUAAAAAGGACUCUAAAGGACAGUGAUGGUCAGCUGCCUAAGAGCAGGAAUGAUUGCUCCAAGGUCUUACAAUAUGGCUGGCUCCAGAUACCACCUCGUUGCAUGUUUGACCACCCAAAUGCUGAGGACACUCUCAACCACCUGAUCUCGGGGUUUGAGAAUUUUGAGAAAAAAAUCAACUACACUUUUCAGAAUAAAGCCUACCUCCUUCAGGCUUUUACUCAUGCUUCAUACCAUUAUAAUACCAUCACAGAUUGUUACCAGCGGUUGGAGUUUCUUGGUGAUGCAAUUUUAGACUACCUCAUUACAAAGCACCUUUAUGAAGAUCCCCGACAGCACUCACCUGGCGUGCUGACAGACCUACGAUCUGCACUUGUUAACAAUACUAUAUUUGCUUCUCUGGCUGUCAAGUACGACUACCACAAAUACUUCAAAGCAGUCUCUCCGGAAUUAUUCCAUGUGAUUGAUGACUUUGUGCAGUUUCAGUUGGAAAAAAAUGAAAUGCAAGGAAUGGAUUCGGAGCUUCGACGAUCUGAGGAAGAUGAGGAAAAAGAAGAAGACAUCGAAGUUCCUAAAGCAAUGGGAGAUAUCUUUGAAUCACUUGCCGGUGCAAUUUACAUGGAUAGCAAGAUGUCACUGGAGACUGUUUGGAGAGUGUAUUAUCCAAUGAUGAGGCCACUUAUAGAGAAAUUUUCAGCCAAUGUGCCACGUUCUCCUGUUCGGGAAUUGCUUGAAAUGGAACCAGAGACUGCCAAGUUCAGCCCAGCUGAGAGGACGUAUGAUGGCAAGGUGAGGGUGACAGUGGAGGUGGUAGGCAAGGGGAAGUUCAAAGGUGUCGGCCGCAGCUACAGGAUCGCCAAGUCAGCCGCCGCACGGAGAGCCUUGCGUAGCCUCAAAGCAAAUCAACCUCAGGUUCCAAAUAACUGAGCUGCACACUCCACAGUUUUCUUUGACAAUAGCUUGCUGCAGAAAGAAGUCAUUAACCUUACACUGAUAUUUCUUGUAAACGAUCAGAAUAAAAUUGUAAAGAAUUUCAUUAACAUUUGUAAA